AGGAAGCUGAAGGAAGAUCACGAGAGAGUGAUACAGGAGGAGCUGCUAAAGAUGGAGAGUGAGCUGCAGGAGGAGCAGCUAGAGGGAGCUGAGGGGCAGGUGAUAUACCUGAGCAGGGAGAGGCAGGUUCUGGUGCUGCAGAUGGAGUCUCUGCGCAGCGAGAACCAGCAAGCUGAGGCAGGCCUAGAGGCCCUGUACAGAUUACACCAGCAGGAGGUGCACUCCCUCAGGGAGGAGAGCCUACAGGUGUUUCGGACAUUCCGGCAGGUGCUGGAGGAGCAGAAGCGGAUCUCAGAGGGCAGAUACAGGACUCUCCUGCUGGAGGCUAUUCAGGAUGCUGUCCACCUGUCCACCCAAAACCUACAGCUACAGGCUGACAACAAGCAGCUCCGCAAAGCAUUGGAUGAGCUCAAGGCCCUGUCUGCCCACACCAAGAUGAAGGAGUGAUUUAACGGUAUUAUUUAUGCAUUAUAUUAUUAAUGGUAAUUACACAAGCCCAUAGGUUCAAGGCUCAGAUCAUAUAACUUUAAAAAAAGCCAAUGUGAGUGCUUAAAACAUUCACACAGACAACAUACACAAUUUCAUAGUAUUUAUUUGUAUAAUUUAAUUUAUAAAUACUUUCAAUAUGUGCAUGAUGUACCAUUUUGUAUUGUUCAGCAUAAUGGGAGAACAAAACAUUUAAAACAAACACAACUGUUUGACAUCUGACAGUCUUCGAGAGAUUCAAUUUUAUUCAUGAUAUGAUCUGAUGUGAAGAUCUUAAAGUAGAAAAGGCAAAAGCAGCAAUGGAUAC